UUUUAUCCCCCUAAACAAACACCCUCUAAAUGAUUUUAGAAUGUAAGAUAAGGCUCUUACAGAGUGAGUAAAACCUUGGAUGGGUUUCAAUUAUUAUUAUGCAUUUAGGUGUAAUUUUGAUGCAAUUUGCUUGGUUAGUGCGGUGACUGUGACUAUAAAUGUGGUGGCUUGUCAUAUCACUUUAAAUCACACACUUAUUUUCCUACUACAACUUCAUUACACUACUACUAUUAUUCCAAUCUUUUCUUUCUCCUUCAUCUUGCCAUGGAUCCAUCUAAGCACCGGCCAGCAAGUGCUUACAACGCCCCAUACUUGACUACAAAUAAUGGUACACCCGUUUGGAACGAUACCUCAGCGUUAACUGUUGGCCCUAGAGGUCCAAUUCUGUUGGAGGAUUAUCAUCUGAUUGAAAAGAUAGCAACUUGGACACAUGAACGGAUACCUGAACGUGUUGUACAUGCUAGGGGAGCAAGUGCUAAGGGUUUUUUUGAAGUUACCCAUGAUAUCACUCACCUCACUUGUGCUGAUUUCCUCCGUGCCCCCGGCGUCCAGACCCCUGUUAUUGUUCGAUUUUCCACGGUCAUUCAUGAACGUGGUAGUCCUGAAACACUCAGAGAUCCUCGUGGUUUCGCCGUCAAGUUCUAUACUAGAGAGGGUAACUUUGAUAUUGUGGGAAACAACUUCCCGGUGUUUUUCACCCGUGAUGCAAUGCAAUUCUUCGACCUGAUCCGAGCAUUUAAGCCCAACCCCAAAUCCCACAUCCAAGAGAGUUGGAGGUACAUGGACUUCUGCUCAUACCUCCCUGAGUCUCUCAACACCUUCACCUUCUUCUUCGACGAUGUGGGCAUCCCGAUCAACUACAGACACAUGAAUGGCUCCGGAGUCCACACCUUCACUCUCAUCAACAAAGCAGGGAAAGUAACAUAUGUCAAGUUCCAUUGGCGCCCAACUUGCGGCGAAAAGAACUUGCUCGAGGAGGAGGCCAUCAGGGUUGGUGGCUCGAACCACAGCCACGCGACUCAGGACUUGUACGAGUCUAUUGCUAAUGGGAACUUCCCUGAGUGGAAGCUCUACAUCCAAACCAUGGACCCUGCUGAUGAGGAUAAGUUUGAUUUCGAUCCACUCGAUACUACUAAAACUUGGCCUGAGGAUAUCCUGCCCUUACAGCCUGUAGGACGUCUUGUGUUGAACAAAAAUGUUGACAACUUCUUUACAGAAAAUGAGCAGCUGGCUUUUGAUCCUGCACAUAUUGUUCCUGGGAUUUACUUCUCUAAUGAUAAGAUGCUUCAGGCUCGAACUUUUGCCUAUGCCGAUACCCAUAGAUAUCGUUUGGGUGUCAACUACUUGCAGCUUCCUGUUAAUGCUCCUAAGUGCCCUCAUACCAACAUGCACCGCGAUGGUGCUAUGACCAUGGUGCACAGGGAUGAAGAGAUUGAUUAUUUCCCAUCAAGAUUUGAUCCUCUAAGAGAAGCCGAGAGACACCCUAUUCCAACGGCAAUCAUACAUGGAAGGCGUGAAAAGCAAAUCAUACCAAAGGAGAACAACUUCAAGGAGCCAGGAGUGAGAUAUAGAUCAUGGGAUCCAGCCAGGCAAGAGAGAUUCAUUGCGAGAUUUGUUCAAGCUCUGUCUGAUCCACGCCUCACGUAUGAGAUACGCAGCAUUUGGGUUUCAUACCUGUCUCAGGCGGAUAAAUCUUUGGGCAUGAAAGUAGCAAGCAGGCUCAAUAUAAGACCAACCAUGUAAAACUGAUGUACGCUGGUUCAUUGUUCACAAAGACGACCAUCGUGAGCGUGUACUGAGGAGAUCGAUCAUAGUAUAUAUAUCUGUGAUCACUUUGUGAACUACUAUAUACUAUGAUCACUUUGUGAACUACUCUAUUAUCUACACGAGCUUCCGCCUUAUGCCUUGCACCGGUCUUUCAUACAUGACAAAGUAUUAUGGAACAUAAGUAUUAAUGGACUACUACUGCCUCUUUCGCCUUGUAUUUGCUAUACUUUCCCUCAUCUGAUCUUGUAAGGGAUCUUAAAUGUGUGUGUGAACAAGUCUAAUAAUAAUAAGUUGAUCUUGUGAAUUGAAUGUGGCAUAGUUGUAUCUUUCAA